UCACAGGAAAAAACGCGUUUACAGUUUUAAUAAAAUCCAUUUAAACCUCAAACUGGAAUUUACUGCUUUAUCAUGAAGAUGAAGAAUUUAAUGUGUCUGAUGAUAUUUAUCAUAAUCAGCUUGAUCAGUUCGGUGAAAGCAGGGUGUCCCGGCAUGUGCGAGUGCCCGGCGGAGCGUCCCGUGUGCCCGCCGGGCGUGAGCGCUGUACCUGACGGCUGUGGCUGUUGUAAGGUGUGCGCCGCUCAGCUGAACGAUGACUGUCACGCGGGACGACCAUGUGACCAUCACAAGGGUCUGGAGUGUAACUAUGGAAACGACGUGGCCAGUCUCCACGGAAUCUGCAGGGCCAAACAUGAAGGGCGCUCGUGUGAGUAUAACGGCCGGAUGUAUCAGAACGGACAGAGCUUCCACGCCGGUUGUAAACAUCAGUGCAUCUGUAUCGAUGGAGCCGUCGGCUGCGCGCCUCUUUGCCCCACUGAUAUUCCUGUGGCUACGCCCUCCUGCCCCGCCCCCCGUCUGGUCAAAGUGCCCAGCCAGUGCUGCCCCAGCGUGGACUGUCACAGCCAAUCCUCCGUCCUGCCGCCCGUCUUCAGAAGGCCACAGUCGCCUCCGUACCUAUUCCCAGACCUGCACACCUUCAAAAAGCCUGGACUGAAGCCACACCCCUACAGACCCAAAAACUCACUGAGCAACGAACUGAUGGAGGUGGACAAAAAGUGGGAAACACCACGCAGUCGAAAGCACCUGCCAGCAUGGAAGCAGGCUGGGCGGCAAUGCGUCAUCCAGACGACAAGCUGGACACCUUGUUCCCGCAGCUGUGGGAUGGGGGUGUCCUCUCGGGUCACCAAUGACAACACUCAGUGCAAACUGGUGAAGGAAUCCCGACUGUGCAACAUUCGGCCCUGCAGCUCUGUGGCUGUGCCCGUGAAGAAAGGCAGAAAAUGCUCCCGUACCCAAAAGUCUCCGGAACCUCUCCGUCUGCAUCACGCCGGCUGCCGGAGUGCUCAGCUCUAUCAGCUCAACUACUGCGGCAUGUGCGUGGACGGCCGAUGCUGCUCGCCUCGCCGCUCCCGGACGGCCCCCGUACUCUUCACCUGUCCCAGUGGCGAGCGCUUCGAGAGGGCCGUCAUGUUCGUUCAGUCCUGCAAAUGCAAUGACGAAUGCGGCCACCUGAACGACGUGGCCCUGCCUCCCCAGCGCUGGCUCUACGGCGACAUGCAUAAGUUCAUCGAUUAGCACCUGUUUUCUGGAAGUCCCCCCACCCUGCCCCGUCCCAGCAGAUCCCCAAUAGAGUAGCGUUUCUAACUGUAACCGAGUAGACGCUAGACCAGGGCCUUCAACUGGAAUCCACAUGGAGAAGGGGCCAUUUUGGUUUCCAAAUCCUUUGGCCAGGAGUGGAUCGGAGCUUUAGAAUAGAUGCCCUUCCUGAUGGACAUCGCAGAAGGUUGUUGAACCCGGGUCGUAAAUAUAUAGGAAAGAAUUUUAUGAUUGGCUAGCCCUCACCGUGAGCAGCGAUGCAUUCUGGGGCAUCCGCACAGGUGGACACGUGUAAACUUGUGCUGGUCGUCAUGUGGACAUUAAACAUGUUCUUUGUUAUUACUCAUCAUUGGAGGAACAUAAGAGGAUCGGAAACACUUGGGACCAACAUCCGGCAAAAUACAGAGGUACCUUGACAAGUCUCUGGAAGUAAUCCAGGGUUUACCAGGGAGAUAUGGAUUUGGCUCUGUUAAAUGUAGACUCUCUGUUGAGUCCCAAACGAGAUGUCUUGACUGGAUUUGUACUCUGGGACUCCAUCAACUUACUGAGGGACAUUGGCCAAGCGCCACAGCACCCUGGCGUCAACACGCCAACUCCCCAACACCGAGCUAAUUACAAAUCGUGUGCAGGAAAGGAACUCAGUGACCCUCUGGUUGGCAAUAAAAUAUGUUAAAAACACCAGCAUCUGAUGUAAACAUGUAAUUUAAAAGUAAUGGGUGGGAUGUUCUCUCAAACGCUGCUCUGUAAUCUGCAAUGUGAUGCUCGUGUCUCAGGCGAAUGGUGUUUUAUGACCCAUCUCUAUUUCUGCCUGCUGGCACUGGUACAUGAGAUGAUGGAGGUGAUGUCAUCCGAGUCGUAACGAGGGUUUGAUCAGACAUUGAAAGCCAUGUUGACUUGGGGUUAAGGUCAAAGACUGAUUUUGUUCCAAGAUACAAAUAAACAUUUCUAAAAAAAAAAGUAGAUCCAUUUUGUACACAUUCAAGUCACACGAUAAUGCCAGACUUGUGUGUGGUUACCAUGGUAUUACUAUACUGUAUCAGGCUGUUGCAUUCUGGUCCAAAGAAGUGAAUCCUCUAGUUCAGACCCCUCUAGCAUCAAACUAUAUGCAAAUGUUGGGUUGUUUUAAUCCAUGGUUGGCUCAUUUAUGAACAAACCCAAGUGUUGGGUAAACUAACUCGAGAAAAUUCAAAAUUCUUGUGGUUCGUGCUCAAAUUGGACUCAAUGUCUCCAUUUCUAGUUUUGCUAUAAUUAGCGCUAACAGACCAAAAGCUUUUACCCAAGAGCACCUGUUAAAACCUACUGGUAGCUCCAAAGCCACUGCGGCUCACCAUAACUACAUUCAACUAAGAAAUGUAGUUAUGGUCACGCACUCCCACUGGAGUUUCCCAUUAUGGGCAUUUCGGUAAAAGUCUUCUUUAUAAAAGAUAAAAAAUCAUACGCAAUAUAUACAUCUGUACCCAGAAAUCAACGACAGAACAGAGUGUCCCCACACAUACAUAGGGAUGUAACAAUAUUACCGAUAUUGUGUUAUCGCAAUAGCAAAAUUCUCUCAAUAUUAUCUCGGUCACAUGACUGUAUGAAACGAUAGGUCUUCCCGGCUUGACGUAAAGUUAGAUAAAAGAACAGAUGUUACCUUUGGCAAGGUCCAUCUGAAGUUAUAUCUUUUAAAAGGGAUUUUUAGGUCAUUUUACCCAUCUCAUACAGGCAAGCAAAAGUUAUGAUUAGAGGAUGGGGAAAGGGGAUGCUUAUGGCACGUUUCCAAGUCAUCAUUGUCAUUUUAAAUAUUGCAAUAAAUAUAUUUUUUCAUGGACUUUAUGCCGAGGUAUUAUCGUACAGUGAGAUUUUGAUAUUGCCACAUCUCUGCACAUACACCUAGUGAAUGUCUACAGGAUUAUGAACGCAUGACAGACUGCUGGGUGACAUUAAAGGUGCGAAUUUGGUAUACAGGAAAUGACAUCAUCAUUAGCAAAGAGCAACAGAAAUUAGUUCCAGAUUAAAUCCUGUUUUAAAGUGAUCUGUCAUCUAUUAAGGCUGAAGAAAACCACUCAACACAGAUGAAAUAAACUCAUGUCAA